CACAAACUGUGUUUUUUUUAGUUUUAGUACAUAGCAACAGUGAACACGGACCGGCAACAUGGCUGAAGAACCACAAGUUAUUUACGUGUUAAGGAUAAUAUUUGAAGUAAUAUGGGUGCUUUUACGACUGAACUUGGAGAUCGUAAAGGCUUUGUUCAGAGUUGUGGUGCCACAGGAUCGUAAAGAUGUGAAGGGAGAUAUUGUAUUGGUGACUGGUGCUGGCCAUGGAAUGGGCCGCGAGAUCGCCACUAGAUUCGGCAAACUUGGUGCCAAGGUGGUGUGCGUGGACAUCAACUCCAAAGGAAAUGAGGAGACCAUCUCCUUGAUCAAAAAGAACAAGGGAGAAGCCUAUGCUUACAUAUGUGACGUCACAGACAGAUCAGCUGUUAUGCAGCUGGCUGAGAAAGUAGAAAAAGACGUUGGACAAGUUGACAUCCUCGUGAACAAUGCUGGCAUUAUGCCCUGCAAGCCCGUGCUCAAACAGACUGAAAAAGAAAUCAGAGCCACCAUGGAAAUCAACGUCAAUGGAAACCUAUGGAUGAUCCAAGCUUUCCUACCAGCCAUGUUGGACCGCAACUCUGGCCACAUCGUCGCCAUGUCCUCUAUGGCCGGCAAAAUGGGUCUGCGUAACCUCGUGCCUUACUGUGGCAGUAAAUACGCCGUCAGAGGUAUCAUGGAAUCACUCGCCGUGGAACUUCACGAGGAUCCUAGAAAUACAAAUGGGAUCAAAUUCACGACUAUUUGCCCAUACAUCGUGAACACUGGUCUUUGCCAUAACCCUCGCAUCCGUUUCGAGGCCGUCAUGAAGACCGUGGACCCAGGAGACGCUGCUGACCAGAUUGUGGACGCCGUUCUAAGAGAAUACCACGAAAUUACCAUACCUAGUGACAUGUACUACUCAAAUAAGAUCUUCAACCUAUUAUCGCCAUCGGCUGGUAGGAUCCUGACUGACUUCAUCGGCACCGGUCUGGACCCCCACGAUAAUUGAUUUGAAAGAAACUUUUGUAAAUAAAAACAUUAACGCGUGACAUUACUAAUUUUGUACAUAAAUAAAAAGAAAUUGUUGGUUUAAAUAGAAAAUGUUAUUAAAAAUGUGGUUCCUCAUGUAGUCUAUAAUCAGAAUUUAAAUGUAUUUUUGUCUAUAAAGAUCAAUAAAUUCUUUAUAAGUAAUUGU